AUGUCUGUGGAUUUCAAGUUUUCCGACGUCGUUUCCGGCAAUUCCGGCAGUUGUUUCCGUCAAUCGAGGGUUGUUGGAAUGCUAGUAGCAUAUGUUCUAGCUCCCAAAUCUGAGCCAAGCUCCACUUCCGGAGGGCCUUUGCGAUUGCUUCUGGUGAAACUAUGGACAUUUGAAGACCAAGAAGUCCUUGUAUGGGUUAAAACAGGCUCUCGUGCCUGGAACGAAAGGUUUACUAGCUUCUUACCAAGCUUGGGUUUUCAAGCUUCAAUGCAGAUCCGUCUCUCUUUAUUCAACAUUCGUCGCUUGGAGUUUGAUAUGAAGGAUUUGGGUCAGUUGACUUAUUUUCUGGGGCUGCAAAUUUCAUAUCAGUCUGCUGGCUUGUUUGUGUCUCAAACUAAGUAUAUCAAGGAACUGCUUGACAGACUGUUGAAAGAUGAUGGCAAACCUUAUUCUCAUCCAGAGCAGUAUCGAAGCAUUGUUGGUGCUCUGCAGUACCUCACUUUCACAAGGCCAGAUAUUGCCUUCUCAGUGAAUCAAGCUUGUCAAUUUAUGCAUAAUCCCAUGGAGUCUCAUGUUGUGGCAGUUAAGAGAAUCCUGCGGUAUUUGAAAGGAACUCUUGAUUUUGGCAUUUGGUUUAAGCCUGGUCUUCUUCAUCUGCACGCUUAUAGUGAUGCUGACUGGGCUGGGGAUCCUAAUGAUCGCAGAUCUGUUUCGGGAUUUAUGGUUUACUUAGGCUCUACUCCUAUUUCUUGGGCUUCUAAGAAGCACAACAUACUGUCUCUCUCAGAACGAGUCAUUCGAGGUGAUUUACUUGUGCAACAUGUCUCAUCUGCGGAACAAUUUGCUGACAUUCUCACUAAGGGGCUGUCUAUUCCUUUAUUCCAGCAUCAUUGUUCCAAUCUCAUGCUUGGCUCCUCCAAGCAUGAGAUUGAGGGGGCAUGUAAAGAUAUCAACGGUCCUCACUCUGCCACAUGUCAGAAGAUUGAAGAAGAGAGUUGUUGA